UCUGUACGACGGAUCUAGGGCAUUAAUCGAACUGAAUUUCAUAAAUAAGGUGGCUUGUUUGACUAUUUUCACGUAAAUGAUUUUUAAAAAAUAAGCUUACUCGUUUAACAGCGUCUACGGGACAAAGCUCCGACGGUUCUCUUCCUUUAAACUGCCACCGACACAUUCGCCAAAUCCAUCCACAUCUGUGAGUUAUUGUUUCGUGAAUGGAAGCAAUCAGGAAACAAGCCACGAGACUCAGGGAACAGGUCGCGAGGCAACAACAGGCUGUCCUCAAGCAGUUUGGGGGUGGGGGAUACGGAGGUUCAGAUAAUGUUACUGAUGAAGCUGAACUCCAGCAGCAUCAAAAACUUGAGAAGCUUUACAUAUCAACACGUGCUGCCAAGCAUUUUCAAAGGGAUAUUGUUCGUGGUGUAGAAGGUUACAUUGUUACUGGGUCCAAACAAGUUGAAAUAGGGACUAAGUUGUCAGAAGAUAGCAGGAAAUAUGGAGUUGAGAAUACAUGUACCAGCGGUAGUAUAUUAUCAAAAGCUGCAUUGAGUUUUGGUAGAGCUCGUGCUCAGAUGGAGAAGGAGCGUGGGAAUUUAUUGAAAUCAUUUGGCACACAGGUUGCUGAACCAUUAAGAGCAAUGGUAAUGGGAGCUCCAUUGGAAGAUGCUCGACAUCUUGCUCAACGAUAUGAUAGAAUGCGACAGGAAGCUGAAGUUCAGGCUAUUGAAGUUUUCAAACGCCAAGCAAAAUUGAGAGAAGGAACAGGCAAUCCUGACAUUGCUUUCAAACUUGAAGCAGCAGAAGCAAAGCUACAGGAUCUGAAAUCGAACGUGGCAAUAUUGGGGAAGGAGGCUGCUGCAGCAAUGACAGCAGUUGAAGCUCAGCAACAACGGUUGACUCUCCAGCGACUUAUUUCCAUGGUUGAAUCAGAACGUGCUUACCAUCAAAGAAUACUGGAGAUACUUGAUCGGCUAGAAGGUGAGAUGAUAUCGGAGCGCCAACAAAUUGAAGCAGCUCCUAGUUUGAGUACAGAUAGUAUGCCUCCACCUCCAUCGUAUGAAGAAGUAAAUGGUGUAUUUACUUCUCCAUUGCAUAAUGGAUCAACCGACAGCAUGGGUUACUUUUUAGGAGAAGCGUUGUACUCAUAUCAAGCUGAAUCUGACGUAGAGCUUACUUUGUCGACUGGUGACUGUGUUGUUGUUCGAAAGGUUUCAAACAACGGAUGGGCGGAAGGUGAAUGCAAAGGGAAAGCAGGUUGGUUCCCAUUUGGAUACGUUGAAAGACGGGAACGUGUUCUUGCUAGCAAGGUGGCUGAAGUGUUCUAAACCAAAUGUGUUGGAUUGAGCUUCAUCAAUCGUUGUUGUAUGUGUGUAUCCUUCAGGUCUUGGAAUGUGCUCACAGUAGAGCACGGUGCAUUCUUCUUCAUCUGUGGAUGUAUUUGUUUCGUUCCUUUGUCCUUUUUUUCCCUUUGUUUUUGCAUUUUCUUUUUUUUUUUUUUUGGUAGAUUUGGGGACAUAAUGCAUUUCUGCCCUUGUUUGAAAACAUAUUUUUCGAUCCAUUACAUACAAAAUAAC